AUGUACUGCGCUGCUUUUCGUGUGUGUGUCUGUGUAGAUGUUGUGUUUGCACUGCUCUUUGUGUUCUUGUUGUUUCUCCUUCUUCCUUGUUACCACAGACCCAAGCAACCCACAGUGACAAUCAUGACAACGAUGUUUAUCCAACUGCGCCGCGUGGUGUACCUGUUGGUACUUCUGCACUUCUGUACGUGUGUGGCAUAUGCGCAAGAUAGUGUAGGUAAAACUGAAUUAAAUAAAAGUAGACCAUUUUCGGUUGUGGUUGCUCCAGUAAAUGAUACACUUCAUGUACUCACGUUAACUGUCAAGGAAUUGUGUAAGGAGGCGCUA